AUUUUAAAUUUGGCCUUAUUAUAUUUUUUUGUGUCUAGAUUGGUUCUUUGCUUGGCUUUGGGCGUGGGAGUCAAAAGUGAUAAGGGGCGAGAGAAGACGAGCCCGUUUGAGUGCGGAUUCGACCCAUUCAAAAGGUCUCGUGUACCUUUCUCUAUUCGAUUUUUCUUAGUAACAGUAAUUUUUUUAGUGUUUGACGUUGAAGUAGCGCUUUUACUUCCUCUUGGUCUAUUAAAGACCAGCGCAGAUCCGCUGUUUGUUGCUCUUUCUGGGCUUAUUUUAAUUAUAGUGCUUGUGUUAGGACUGUUACACGAAUGAAACCAGGGGGCGCUUAAUUGAAUUUACUAA